UGGUACCAUUACUAAAAGUAAUGAAAUUAUUAAUAGUAUUCACGUUGUGUUUAGUGGCCGUAAAUGCGGUCCCAUUUAUGGAUCGCCUACGGGAGCCCUUUGAGGGCAAAACAUGGGUGGUAUUGGCUGCCAGUGCUAAUAGCUGGAGCAAUUAUGGCAUGCAGGCUGAUGUAUACCACGCUUAUCAAGUGAUCCGUACGCACGGAAUACCCGACGAAAACAUAAUAGUCAUGCACUACGACGACCUGGCUGACAAUCCCGAAAACCCUACCCCUGGUAUUGUGGUCAACAAAAUCAACGGCACCGAUGUCUACAAAACGCCAUAUCAAGUGCCCAAACACUACACUAAAGCUGACGUCACGCCAGAG